GCGCGGCGCGAUCCGCGGGAUGGCUCAGCCGGUCGGCCCGGAGGGCGGCGAGGGGCCUCCGGACGCCGGGGCGGCCGCGGGCUCGCAGGACGCGCUGAGCCUGGAGGAGAUCCUGCGGCUGUACAAUCAGCCCAUCAACGAGGAGCAGGCGUGGGCCGUGUGCUACCAGUGCUGCGGCUCCCUGCGCGCCGCGGACGCCGGCCGCCGCCAGCCCCGCCGCCGGGUGCGCUCGGCCGCACAGAUCCGCCUGUGGAAGGACGGCGCCGUCACCUUGGCGCCCGCCACCGGCGACGCGGGUAAAGUGGAAUAUUCACAUUGUACAGAAACUGAGGUUAUAGAAUCUUUGGGAAUUAUUAUUUAUAAGGCACUGGACUAUGGCUUGAAGGAGAAUGAAGAAAGGGAGUUAAGCCCCCCGCUGGAGCAGCUCAUUGAUCGCAUGGCCAACACGGUAGAGGCUGAUGGCAGCAAUGAUGAGGGCUAUGAGGCUGCGGAUGAGGGUCUGGAGGAGGAUGACAACGAAAAGACGAAAGUCUCAGCCAUCCGGUCCUAUAGAGAUGUCAUGAAGCUGUGUGCUGCUCAUCUCCCGACUGAAGCAGAGGCACCAAAUCAUUACCAGGCAGUAUGUCGUGCACUGUUUGCAGAGACGAUGGAGCUGCAUACGUUUCUGACCAAAAUCAAGAGUGCGAAGGAGAAUCUAAAGAAGAUUCAAGAAAUGGAGAAGAGUGAUGAAUCGAACACAGACCUGGAAGAGCUGAAAAAUGCUGACUGGGCUCGGUUCUGGGUGCAGGUGAUGAGGGAUUUGCGGAAUGGAGUAAAGCUCAAGAAGGUCCAGGAGCGGCAGUACAACCCGCUGCCCAUUGAAUAUCAGCUCACCCCAUACGAGAUGCUAAUGGAUGACAUUCGAUCCAGAAGAUACACUUUGCGAAAAGUGAUGGUGAAUGGUGAUAUUCCCCCUCGGUUAAAAAAAAGUGCCCAUGAAAUCAUCCUGGACUUCAUCCGAUCAAGGCCUCCUUUAAAUCCAGCCUCAGCCAGAAAACUGAAACCUACUCCACCGCGGCCCCGGAGCCUCCACGAAAGGAUCCUGGAAGAGAUCAAGGCUGAGAGGAAGCUGCGGCCUGUGUCCCCCGAGGAGACCAGACGCAGCAGGCUCGAGGUGACAACCCCUGAAUCUCCCAAGAAUGUUGCAGAAUCGUCCAUGGUGAAUGGAGGUGUGGCGUCACAGCCCAGAGAAGGUGGGUCAGGAGCCGCCCAGCAGGUUCCCGUGCCGCGGAAGAAGCUCCUCAAAGCCCCGACGCUGGCUGAGCUGGACAGCUCCGACUCGGAGGAGGAGACCCUGCCCAGGUCUGCCAGUAGCAGCAGUGCAUCUCCCUCCUUCCUGGAAGACCCCUUCCUAGAGACUGUGUCCACAAGGAAGAACCCUCCCAAGUUUUUGCCCAUAUCCUCCACACCUCAGCCUGAGCGACGGCAGCCACCCCAGAGACGACAUUCCAUUGAGAAGGAAACACCCACUAACGUGAGACAGUUCCUGCCGGCAUCCAGGCAGAGCUCCCGGUCUCUCGUUCCAAGGAUGACCAGAGCAUGGCCAGCGCCGCCUUUCCGACCACUUUUUUCUACCCUCCAAACAGCUUCUCUGCUCGGCUCUCACCCUUUGGAGGCAACCAUGCUGGGGGUAGCUGGGGCUGUUUAUUAUCUGUGUGAGAGAGCUUUUACCAGCAGGUGGAGACACACACAGGAGGAGUUCUGCUACCCGGUGGAGUGCCUGGCACUGACCGUGGAGGAGGUGAUGCACAUUCGUCAGGUCCUGGUCAAAGCAGAGCUGGAAAAGUACCAACAGUACAAAGAUGUCUACACGGCUCUGAAAAAAGGAAAGCUCUGCUUUUGUUGCCGAACCAGAAGGUUUUCCUUCUUCACCUGGUCUUAUACCUGUCAGUUCUGUAAGAGGCCGGUGUGCUCACAGUGUUGCAAAAAGAUGCGGCUGCCCUCCAAGCCAUACUCCACCCUUCCUAUCUUUUCACUGGGACCGUCUGCCUUGCAGAGAGGGGAAAGCUGUAUGAGGCCAGAAAAAUCCUCCACUGGCCACCAUCGGCCACUUCGGAGCAUUGCCAGAUUGUCCUCAAAAUCCAAGUCGGUGGACAAAUCAGAUGAAGAACUCCAAUUUCCCAAAGAGCUGGUGGAGGACUGGAGUGCUAUGGAGGUGUGUGUGGACUGCAAAAAGUUCAUUUCUGAAAUCAUCAGCUCAAGCCGCCAUAGUCUGGUGUUGGCCAACAAGAGAGCCCGAUUGAAGAGGAAGACGCAGUCCUUCUACGUGUCCUCAGCAGGCCCGUCAGAGUACUGCCCCUCAGAGAGGACCAUCAGUGAGGUCUGAGCCCUGUGCCUUCCUGUGCGGAGUCGGGUUCCUGUGAGGACACUGAGCGGGCUGUCACUGUCUCCUCACCGUGGUUAACUGGCUCGGGUUUGCAUGAGAAUCAGGGUUUUGCUGUGUUGCAUUGUUCCACAGACUAAAUGCUGUGUUCAUGUCAAUUGAUAACACGUGACCAAUUGCCAGUUGCUCAUCUGCACUAAGAGGACAGUAGUUUGAAACGUUUGUGUGAUUAUAGAUUUAGAGGCCAGAAACUUUUCCUCUUAGUUCUCUAUUGUGCCUGAAAUAAUGUUCUGACUAAGGCAGAAAGGUUCUCGUGUGAGGAAUCAGUCUAGCACAGGCCUAGAGGCCAGCACGGUCUAAGCAGUAAGUCAUAUUGGCAUUUCCACUGACAGUGUUCCUACCUGAUGCACACAGACCCUGCAAAGGUUUGCCUGUGCCUCAAACUGGUUUUAAGUUAUUGUUGCUCUGAGACACUUGGGAGGGGCUCUCCACUGCCUCCCAGGACAAAGCAUCUGAGCUGUAGGCCCAGGGUGGGUGCCUGUGUCCCUGGGCAGCAAGGCAGUGUCUCCUGAGCAACUGCUAGGCUGUCCUUAUCUUGAAUGUAUUACAGUUACUAGUAGUUCUGUGUUGGAGGUCUAAGAAAGUUUUGUGGCAUCAUGGGACAAAGGCAGGGUAGAAGUUUGUCCAGAAGCUCAGUACUUUCACCAGAAGAAGGGCUGUGAGCACCACAGGGAGCGAGCUAGAGCACGCACCUUUCCAGCCACAAUUUUCAUAACUUUAUAGUCUCACCAUCAUGACUAAAUUAAGCCACAAUUUGGUACAUAAGGUCUCAAACUGAAAUUUAUUUUUAUAAAUGAAUUUUAAAGGAAAACCAUGGUCUAGUCUUUUAAAACUACUAGAAAAUUAACCUGCUGAUAAGCUUUUUGGAUGCUUUUUGCACACGUUUUCCUUGUAAGCGACUUGAGUGGGUGGGGUGGGCUUUGAUGAAGACAAGCUGGAGGCAGCACUAUACACCUGUCAUUUCUCAGCUGUGUGGUCCGUUCCAUGGCACCUCUCUAUUGUUCUGGUUGGCUUGGUGGUGACCAGCCAGUCACAUUCACAAGCCUGGUUAAUGCGCCAGGCCGCUUUCUGACGCUCUUUGGGACACAUCUGCAGUGAGCGCUGGAGACAGCAUUGCUCACCAAAAGGCAUGGCAGUCAUUUCACGCCCCCUCAACAUUUCUAUAGGGAAUUAACAGUAAUACCUCAGAACUGCUCUGGUAGUGGUUUUUCAUGGUUGAAAUUUAUAAAUUAGUAAAUUGCUUAAAAUUACUUACAAAAUAAACUUUACCAACUGACUAAAGUAAUUAAUGCAUGUUAACACUUUGUAUUUGCAUGUAAAAGUGGGCCACCAGAAAACCCUUAUUAUGGAAAUAUUUACACUGUUUUAAAGAGGCUCGGGUAAGAGCUUCAAAUGUUACAUUGAGUGAGUCUUGUUUGUACAGUUUUCCAAGGUACGGUUUCGCCUCUAGACCAUCCCCAGAUCAGGUACAACAAGGAAGACAGUGAGGGGCGGGUGUUUGUGUCUGUGGAAAAAACAGACCCAGGAGAGUGUGCUUUUUAAAAUAAUGACUAGUUUAUAGGUGUUUAUAAAACACAAAAAGCUAACCCCUCCCCCCAAAUGAGAAUCCCAUUCACAUGUCAAAAUCUUGCCCACGUGGUCCUUGACUUCACUGCUCCAGGUUUGUGACACUGUUCAGCUAUUGGGACAUCGUGAGUGGCAGGUUUCCAUGGGACAGUUUGCAGAAAGGGUAGAAAAGGGCACAUGGCACAGCUGAGAUUGUAGAAAUCAAAUCCGCAUCCCUUUCUGAUGCCAAACAAAUCCCCGCACUCAUUCCUCCCACAUCCAUGGUGUGUGUCUGCCACCUCAACCAAACUGGUAAUUCCAGAGGGUCAUCCACUGCUGGCCUGUGGGGCAUGCUUUCACAGUCCUUGCCUUGCCCCUGCCCUCCCUCCCUCCUUCCUGGAUCCCAGGCUGCUCUUUGUGCUGCUUUGGGCACUUACUUCCGGUCUGACGACAGCGUCGCUGGCUGGCCUUGGGUGGAAUCUGAUGUGUGUCUGUGCGCCGGCCCUCAUUCUCGCCCUCUCCCUCCAGGCUGAGAACACUUUAACUUCUCACAGUUUAACUUUCUGUCAGUGUCAGGAAAGAUAGCAAAGCUUGUAAAUACUGUAAUAUAUUUAUUGGUAUUUGGAGGGCAUUCAUUCAGUGGAAAAUAAGAAUUAACUCUCCCAACAGAAGUAAAAGUUAACUACAUCAACUUAAUAGUCUAGAUUUCAAGUCUUAAGCCUUUCAAAUUAAACCAGAAAGUUGUCAUGUAGGAGUUUUUAAAAUGAUCUUACAUUUGAUGAGAUCCCAUGAUCUCAUAAACUCAUAUCGUGUGGUCAGCACCGUGAAUUCAUGCCAUGAAUUUUUUAAGACUCUUAUUUUUCUAACGGUAUUAAUAAAUGUCAGACUGGAUUUUAGGUGUCACAUAGGAAAGUUUUAAAUUAUGUUGCUAUUUGCUAGAGCAAAACAGCAGACAAUUUUGUACAUGCAGAACUGUUGAAGGGCCAUGGAGAAAUGUGUACACGUUGACCUGGCUUCUUGCGUGUAUAAAGUCCAGACACUGCUGGUAUUCAGCGUAACAUGAUGCUACCAAACAUUUUCCAUUAUUAAAGUCUUUUAAAAUUUAUUGAGAAGAAAAUAAAUGACUUUCCAUCA